CAUCCGACCAAAACGUCACCCGCUCUGGUAUCUCGGCUCGGUACCACCAAAACGUUAUCUUCUAUUCCUCAUGCUAAUUGCUAUCGUUCGUUAUUUCAAAGUUUUUGCAGAGAAUGGCAAUUGGCGCUUCGCUCGUUCGAGUUUCAUCAUUGAAGCUCUCUUCAGUCUCACAUGGUGAUGAUUUCUCACCUUCGUCAAAGUUGGCGUCCUUCAUGGGCGCGCCGCUUAAUUUUCUUCCCUCUUAUCGCUCUGGGAAACAAAAGAAGUUUCAUGAGAAUCUUGUCGUUGUAUCCAAGAGAAUAUCGGGUCUGGAGGAAGCCAUGAGAAUUAGGAGAGAGCGAGAGCUUGAAAUUGUAAGAAAAGUUAGAAAGAGACAACCAUUGAGGCGUGGGAAGGUAUCUCCACGUCUCCCUGUGCCCGAUCAUAUACAAAAGCCUCCUUAUGUUGGUUCUUCUAUACUGCCAGAAAUUUCAAGUGAGUAUCAAAUGCAUGAUUCUGAAGGAAUUGCUCAAAUGAGGGCUGCGUGUCAGCUUGCCGCUCGUGUGUUAGACUAUGCUGGAACUCUAGUUAGACCCUCAGUAACAACCAAUGAAAUUGACAAUGCAGUGCACCAGAUGAUUAUUGAUGCUGGUGCUUAUCCUUCACCUCUUGGCUACGGGGGAUUUCCAAAGAGUGUUUGCACAUCAGUUAAUGAAUGCAUGUGUCAUGGAAUACCAGACUCUCGUCAAUUGCAGAGUGGUGAUAUAAUAAACAUCGAUGUGACGGUCUAUCUAAAUGGAUAUCAUGGAGACACAUCAAAGACAUAUUUUUGUGGAGACGUAAGUGACGGAAUGAGGCGUCUGGUGAAGGUUACAGAGGAAUGCCUCGAGAGAGGUAUCGCUGUAUGCAAGGAUGGUGCUAGUUUUAAGAAAAUUGGGAAGAGAAUCAGUGAGCAUGCUGAAAAGUAUGGCUAUGGGGUGGUGGAGCGUUUUGUUGGUCAUGGUGUGGGAUCUGUAUUUCAUUCUGAACCACUUAUAUAUCACCACCGCAAUGAGGAACCUGGACAUAUGGUUGAAGGUCAGACGUUUACCAUUGAACCAAUUCUUACGAUGGGAGGCAUUGACUGCAUUACAUGGCCAGAUAAUUGGACCACUUUAACAGCUGAUGGUAGUCCAGCUGCUCAGUUUGAGCACACUAUUUUGAUAACUAGAACGGGAGCUGAAAUUUUGACCACCCCUUGAAAUUUCAUGUAUCUACGCAACUAACUCUCUAUUAGCUGUGAUAUAUGUCUACCACACAUCCAUUAGUCCAUUGCACAUAUGAUUUAAGCAGCUCUGUCGAGAAUUAUGCGCCAUACAUAGGGUAAGAUGGUAUUGUUGAUUGGAACUUAUUCGAAGUCAUCAUGCCACUCGUGUUCUAGGUGACAUGAGAAGAUUCAUAGUACUACGAUAUUACAGUCUUUCCAUUCGAUAUUUAUCACAUUAUUAGAUGAUAUUUUAUUUCAUC